AUGCAAAACGACUUAAAAGAAGAAGUGAAUAGAAGGAUGAGAACAGCCUGGGCAGCAUUUGCUCCUGGACCAACUGGCGGGCCAAGAGUUCCGUGCCCACCUGUCUUCCAGCGCCCAGUUACGCAACGCAGAGAUACGUGGACACCGCCGCUCAUGAGUGCGUUGCGUAGCACAGCGUCAAGAAAGCUAUUUGCUACUUACGGAGCCCUUGAGAGAUGUCUUCUGAAGUUUAGCCGGCGCAAACAACAACAAACAGGUCUUCGCAGCUCCGACUUUGAGGCAGCGCAUAUCAAAAUUAACGUGGUAAGGAAACCUCAAGCAAAUGUAGAGUAG